UCCUGGGAUCCGAUGGCCUUGUUAGGGCAGCGCUGACCUCUCUGCGGGCGGGGAGGAGAGCAGCGGGGCGGGGGCUGCCUCGGGACCCCCCCCAUCCCGUCCCAUCCCUCCCCUUCCUCUGGCCGCGCUCGGCUCCCCGGGGCCCUCCACCACCCCCUGCUCUCCCUCCUCCUCUCCCCUCCUUCCAGUUUCUCCUUCCUCCCAUCGCAGUCCCCUCGGGCGGGUGAGGAGCACCCAGAGCCUUCUGCCAUGGGGCAGCCGUGCCCCCACCUGCUGCUGCUGCCCGGCUGAAGGGAGCAGCCCGGGAGCGGGGGGACCAUGAGCGGGGGCAGGUUCGAUUUCGAUGAUGGAGGUGCCUACUGCGGUGGAUGGGAAGGGGGCAAAGCCCACGGGCACGGCAUCUGCACCGGCCCCAAGGGGCAGGGCGAGUACUCGGGCUCCUGGAACUACGGCUUCGAGGUGGUGGGCAUCUACACGUGGCCCAGCGGCAACACCUACGAGGGCUACUGGUCCCAGGGCAAGAGGCACGGCCUGGGGAUCGAGACCAAAGGACGGUGGGUGUACAGGGGUGAGUGGACCCAUGGCUUUAAGGGACGAUACGGCGCGCGGCAAAGCAUGAACAGCGGAGCCAAGUAUGAGGGUACCUGGAACAACGGCCUGCAGGAUGGCUACGGCACCGAGACGUAUGCGGAUGGAGGAACCUACCAGGGCCAGUUCACCAACGGCAUGCGGCACGGCUACGGCGUGCGGCAGAGCGUGCCCUACGGCAUGGCUUCGGUGGUGCGCUCCCCGCUGCGCACCUCCCUGUCCUCCCUGCGCAGCGAGCACAGCAACGGCACGCUGCCGCAGCAGGACUCCCCCGCCGCCCACCCCGAGAGCCUGCCCGCCUCGCCCACCAUCACCCGCGGCGGCUUCGCCCUCAGCCUCUACGCCGACGCCGAGGCCGCCAAGGUGAAGAAGGGCGGGCUGUUCCGCAGGGGCUCCUUGCUGGGGAAGCUGAAGAAGUCCGAGUCCAAGUCGUCGUUGGCCAGCCAGAAGAGCCGCGUCAGCUUCCUCAAGAGCGAGAGCGGGAUCAGCUCGGCCGCCAGCGAUGCCACCUCCACCGCCAGCCUGGGCGAAGGGGCGGAGGGAGAGGAGUACCCCCCCUUUGAAUCCGACAUCGAUGCCACCACCACCGAGACCUACAUGGGCGAGUGGAAGAAUGACAAGCGCUCGGGUUAUGGAGUCAGCGAGCGCUCCAGCGGGCUGAAGUAUGAGGGUGAGUGGCUGGACAACCUGCGGCACGGCUACGGCUGCACCACGCUGCCCGACGGCAAGAAGGAGGAGGGCAAAUACCGCCACAACGUCCUCGUCAAGGGCAUGAAGAAGCGUGUCAUACCUCUGAAGAGCGCCAAGAUCCGGCAGAAGGUGGAUCGGAGUGUGGAGGGGGCCCAGAGGGCAGCAGCCAUCGCCCGGCAGAAGUCAGAGAUCGCGGCAUCCAGGACUACUCAUGCCAAAGCCAAGGCUGAAGGCUCUGAGCAGGCAGCUCAGGCAGCUAAUAAUGAGUCAGGCAUAGCCAGGAUGAUGGCCAGGGAGCUUUCCCCAGACUUCUACCAGCCAGGUAAGACAAGAGGCUUCUUCUAAGGGAUUUUGCAGUUUCCUUGGGGAAUCUGUUCCAAUGCUUCUCCCACUUUAUAACUCAGGAAGCUGCCUUUCUAUCUAUCUCAGAUCUACUUUUGCCCAAGUUCAGCCAGCCCCCUGCACAUGUGUGACUUGCUGACCUUACACUGCUGUUUUACCUGUUCCAAGUUGUUACUAUAGCCUGGAGGAAAUCUGCAGUCCUCCAAGCUCCCUGCCUCUUUCUCCCUGUUACGAAGCCCUCCCAGUGUCUUCCAGGGCAGCAGAGAGCUAGUAACUGCCUGCAGCACUCUUGUGAAUACACCCCUUGAGCUGCAGUGGCUUUUUCUUGGAACAGCUUUGCAGAUUGACUCAUAACCCAUAUCCUGCGAGGCCACAAACCGCACCAAGGGUGCAGUCAGGUUCAGCUAAUUAGGAGCUGUAAUAUCCUGUAAGAAAGUUGAUAAUGCAAAAUAUUAUUUCCUUAAUUUCCUAUAUAUUUGUUUGCAUUAUAUGUUAAUUAUAUGGCUGAGAAAACACUGGAGAGGUUCCUUCUUUAAGAGCAAGCGCUGGAGAUUAGCAGAUAGGAAGUGUAAUGUUAGAAGCAGCACUGUCAAUGCCAUUACCUUUCCCUAGAACAGGCUAGAUAGACCUAUGUUCUUUCUGGGAAGUUUUCAUUUUCAUAGAAGGGAGGUAAUAGCAGAGCAAAAAAACAGAUCCAAACGCCUAUGUUUCAUAACGUAUCUUCCUUAUUAUGUGAUUUUGUUAUCUGGAUCAAAUGUCCAGCAUCCAUCACAGCAUCAAAACUGGGGAUAGAAGCCAAACACUGCCUGCUACUCAGCAGAACCUGCUGCUCUGAUUGCGGUGCCCCCAUGCUGUGGCAGCACCUCAGCUCAGGACAGGCAGCAGGAACAGCACACACCUGGUGCUCGGCCAGACAGACACGCUGACAGAUUUGCUGAAAUUCCCUGCAUGUCCAUCUAGUCCUGCACCUACAAGCUAGGGAGACAGAGCAGUGGAGUGGUGCCACUGCCUGCUGCGCUGCAGGACCUCGGAGCUGCCUUUGGGCUGGGAACCACCACAGUGGCUGGGCACAGGCAUGAGCCAGCAUGUGACACUUCAUUUAACAAUAGCUAAACAUCACUUGAUCCUGGCAUAAGCCUCUCAGCUGCCACUCACAGCUCCACAUCCACCCUUUGCACACUGGGGUAUUUAUAGUGCAGAAGUAACAGAAACUGAAAUUCCUGCUGGAAGGUUUUUGACAUCUAGCUGGAUCACUUCUUCCACCUGUAGCAACUGAAUGAGACAAAUGAAAUGGUCUCUGCACAAUGGGUCUCCUGGCCAUGUGUGAGGCUGGUAUGUGUCUUUCUUCUAUAAUUCUUUUUAAUCUCUACAUUCACUAAGUGAUCAGAAUAUAACAAGGAGAGGUGUAUCUUCUUUCAAGGCUGCACCUUCCGAGAACAAAAAGGCAGAAAUCCACCUUUAGAUUUUGCUGGGAUUUGUGACAUCUGGUCACACAUACAGGAGAGCCUGGCAGUGUUUGGCAGCUGCAUUUCCCUCUGCUAUCUCUGUGUUAGGGACAGGACAGUCCUGCUCAGUGAGCCUCACAUCCUUAAUAAGUAUUUAGCUCUGGGUUUCCUUUAGGAUAUUAGCCCUAAAGACCUGGUGGGGAGGGAUGAAAGCCAGAGUUCUUGCUAAAAUGUUCUGGGAGGUGAAGGAAGUGAGGCGGAUGCUGGGGAAGGGAGGAGGAUUGGGCUGUGCCUUCCCCUCCAGGCAGCUGGGAGUUUUGGUGUGAAUUAUUUAGGAGGAGAAGAGAGCACCAAGAGAUAGCAGGGAGCCCAGAGCUGCAGGCCGCCUAUUUUGAGGAGUCUGAACAACUGUUGAAAAGGCUUCCAAAUAAUCCAUUUGCAGCCAGAAAUAAAUGGCCCUGAAUGGGUUGCCUGCUGAUUGACAGGAGCGUGUAGGCAAGGCAGAGCAGCUAAAAUCAGUGCCCUCUCUCCCCACCACCUCCUCGGAGCAGAGACAUUGCCCUGAGUGGGCAGGAGUUAGCAGUGUGCAAAUCACACCCGUGAUUUAUUAGAGGGAAUGAAGCACCAAUCUCCAAUUUCCAGAGUAGGGUCAAGUCUGUGUUAGUCCUUGGGGUGGAGGAGAGGAGGGGAGGAACCAUGAAGCAGCUGGGGACAGUGUGGCUCCACGGUCUGUGCUGUUCAAGAGCACAUGCCAAGCCCUGUAUGUCUGCACUUCUAAGCAUUACUAGGAUUCAGCAGAAUGAGACCAACAUUUCCAAGAGCAGGUGCUUUCUUUUGGACUUGCUGAUUUGCAACCCCACGAUGCCUGUAAGGAGCACGCUCAUGUUCUCUUUGCUACGGGCACUGCAGGGACAUGCAGGGACCCCUGCAAGGUCCCAUUAUACAGAGUACUGUGUGCAGUUGUUUUUCAGACUUUUCUGGUCAUUCCCUUGUGUGUUUUGCUCUGCCAGCACCACAGAAUGAAGAACUGCCCUCAGUGACAGGCUCUACUUGAUUUGCUUUGCAGACCUGGCCCAGGGUUAACAAGAAGUAAAGAUUUAAUGAUAACUGAAGUGACAGCAACGUUGCUAAGAGCUGACAAGUCAGCAUUGGAGACACGGCCAGAACGAAACCCGAAGCCCCGAGUCACCUUGCGUGAUGGUGCCAGCUGAUUUUGCUGGUGCCUGUGUCAGUGCAGAGAGGAGGGCUGGCCUUCACUGCCAGCCCCAAUCUGUGCAUAAGAAACAUAUUUUUCCCAUAUAGCACAGUGGAAGAUGGAUCACCUGGGGAUAUCUCCCUUUUUUGAGGAGGCAGGGUGCCUCUCCAUGUGAUUGUUUGUUUCCACUCUGCUAGACACCAAAGAAGCCACAGUGAAGAGUUUUCCAGCCAGGGAAA